AUGUCAAGUGAUCCGCGAAAUUCUAGUGAUGUUGAAGGCCAGCAAUCACGCUCAAGGCAGCAAUCCCGUGCCGAGCGACGCAUGUCUCGUGCCGAGCGGCGGAUGUCCCGAGCAAUGAGUGUUGUAAAUGAUCCAACUCUAGACGAAUAUGAGAGACUGGUUAAGUACGUGUCAGUUUAUAGAGAGCCGGGGAAAGGCGAGUUUACUGAGGAAGGGGAGAUGAGGCGGGUAUGGUACGCCCCCUGGAGAAAGAAAUGGAUACCUGCGAAAGAAACUGGUGAAGGAACUCAGCAAUUUCCUGAGAACUGGCUCAUAACCGACAUAAGAGAAGGCCUGACAGAAGAGGAAGUGAGCAACCGUAGACGCCGGUCUGGAUGGAACGAGUUGAUAUCUCAAAAGGAAAACCCCAUUGAGAAAUUCAUGUCGUACUUUCAGGGCCCUAUUUUAUAUGUAAUGGAGAUAGCCGUACUCCUCGCUGCUGGUCUUAAAGACUGGGUAGACUUCGGAGUCAUCAUUGGUAUUUUGUUUCUCAAUGCUUCCGUUGGGUGGUAUCAGGAAAAACAAGCAGCCGAUGUUGUGGCAAGCUUGAAAGGAGAUAUUGCAUUGAGAUGCAUAGUAGUCCGUGAAGGUAGACAACAAGAGAUCCUCGCUCGUGAGCUGGUCCCUGGAGAUGUGAUUGUUGUUGGUGAAGGAACUGUCAUACCUGCUGACGCUAAAGUAAUUUGUUCUUAUGAUGAUCCAAAUGGAUUUGAAGAGUUCAAACGCAUGCAAGCAGAAGGUGUUUUUGAUGACUCAUCCAACGAAGGGGAUAAAGAUAAAAGUGAUGAAAAUGAGGAGACGCCUGAAGGCGACAAAUCCAAAGAGAAGGAAAGUGGCGGCUCUGCUGGAGAGGCCGACGAGGAUGACAAGAAAGAAAGUCGAAAAGGCUAUUCACUUCUCGCCUGUGAUCAUUCAGCCAUUACGGGUGAAUCCCAUGCUGUCGACCGAUAUAUGGGAGACGUGAUUUAUUAUACAACAAACUGUAAGCGGGGGAAGGCCUAUGCCGUUGUGCAGACGACGGCUAAAACAUCAUUCGUCGGACGAACUGCAAGCAUGGUAGCUGGGGCGGGCGAUAAAGGGCAUUUCGAAAUUGUCAUGGAUGGCAUUGGUACAUCACUGCUAGUUCUCGUCAUGGCGUGGAUAUUAGCAGCUUGGAUUGGGGGGAUUUAUCGCCAUAUCCCGAUCGCCAGCCCUGGUCGCCAAACAUUGUUGGAAUUUACCUUAGUGCUAUUGAUUAUUGGAGUACCAGUAGGCUUGCCUGUUGUCACUACUACAACCAUGGCAGUGGGUGCGGCAUAUCUGGCACGCAGGCAAGCAAUCGUGCAGAAGCUUACAGCUAUUGAGUCCCUCGCAGGGGUGGAUAUUCUUUGCUCUGAUAAAACUGGAACUCUCACGGCUAAUAAACUAAGUAUUCGAAAUCCUUAUGUCGCAGAGGGUGUCGACGUGAAUUGGAUGAUGGCAGUAGCCGCUUUAGCAUCCUCCCAUAACAUACAAUCUCUGGACCCCAUUGACAAAGUGACUAUUCUGACACUUAAAGACUUCCCUAAGGCAAAGGAUAUUCUCCAAGAGGGCUGGAAAACUGAGAAAUUCACGCCAUUUGACCCCGUAUCGAAGCGCAUAGUCACAGUUUGCACCUGUAAUGGUAUUCGUUAUACGUGUACUAAGGGUGCUCCAAAGGCGGUUCUAACUCUGACCAAAUGCUCGCCUAAAACUGCAGAGCUCUACAGAAACAAAGCGCAGGAAUUCGCUCACCGAGGCUUCCGAUCACUCGGAGUGGCUGUUCAGAAGGAGGGUGAGGAUUGGGCCUUAUUAGGCAUGCUGCCAAUGUUCGAUCCGCCACGUGAAGACACAGCUAAGACAAUUUCUGAGGCACAGGCAUUGGGUAUUAGUGUAAAAAUGCUGACAGGUGAUGCUAUUGCAAUCGCGAAGGAAACGUGCAAAAUGCUUGCGCUAGGAACCAAGGUUUACAAUUCAGAACGGCUAAUUCAUGGUGGUCUCAGUGGAGCAAUGGCUCAUGAUCUAGUGGAAAAGGCGGAUGGAUUCGCAGAGGUUUUCCCGGAGCACAAAUAUCAGGUGGUUCAGAUGCUCCAAGAACGUGGGCAUUUAACUGCUAUGACAGGUGAUGGGGUGAAUGAUGCACCCUCUUUGAAAAAGGCGGACUGUGGUAUAGCCGUUGAAGGGGCAUCGGAAGCAGCACAAUCGGCUUCAGACAUAGUUUUUCUGGCCCCCGGGCUUUCGACUAUCAUUGACUCAAUUAAGGUAGCACGACAAAUAUUUCAUCGCAUGAAAGCAUACAUCCAGUAUAGAAUUGCAUUGUGUCUGCAUCUGGAAAUAUUUCUUGUCACGACGAUGAUCAUUCUCAAUGAAACAAUUAGACCCGAGUUGAUUGUUUUUCUAGCAUUGUUUGCGGACUUGGCCACGGUCGCAGUGGCGUAUGACAAUGCAUCCUUCGAGCUGAGACCUGUUGAAUGGCAACUUCCCAAAAUCUGGUUCAUAUCGGUCGUCUUGGGAAUACUACUGGCUUUGGGCACCUGGGUUGUUCGUGGUAGCAUGUUCAUUCCCUCUGGCGGCAUUAUCCAAAACUGGGGCUCCAUACAGGAGGUUAUGUUCCUCGAAGUUGCGCUGACGGAGAACUGGUUGAUUUUUGUAACACGAGGAGCGGAUACUCUUCCAUCAAUUCCAUUAGUUGGGGCAAUUGUUGGUGUUGACAUUCUCGCUACGAUUUUCUGCCUGUUCGGCUGGUUUACCAAUCAAGAUAUGCCAACGCAUCCAGCAGACCAGUUUCACGAAACGACUAAUGGAUGGACGGAUAUUGUCACAGUGGUACGUAUCUGGGGCUAUUCGCUUGGAGUAACAAUCGUCAUCGCACUGGUAUAUUUCACUCUCAACAAAAUGGAGUGGCUCAACAACCUUGGCCGGAAGUCAAGAAGUAAGGGAGAUAUUCAAAUUGAGAAUACGCUUAGUCACCUUGCCCGAAUCACUAUCGAGCAUGAGAAGGAAGGUGAAGCAAAGGGCAAAUACUAUUUGACUGCUGCUCGAGAGGAAGAGGAAGCCGAAUAG